AUGCUACCUAUAGGACAACAAUCGUCGACUAUUCGUUAUGAACAUUUCACUUCUGCCAGUAGAUAUCGUAAUAAUCAAUCAGUUAUAUCUCCAUCUGGAACUAUUAAGAAAAGAAAAAAUAAAAGCAAAAUAAUUCCUAAACAAAAUCAAUUAAAUCCAUGUAAUGGUUCAUAUAUAAAAACAAAUGGAACAACAUGUGGUCUGAAAGAAAUCAUGAUUGGUCGUUGUAAUGAAUAUCAAUACUUAAAACGUGGUCUUUAUCUAACAAAUACUACUGAAGUAAAAGAUUGUUUAAAACUUUAUAAAUUAUUUGAAUCUGCUGCUCGUAAUAAAUCAUAUUGUAAUAUGAAUAUGAGUACAUAUGAAGAUUAUUUUAAUUAUGCACUUGAAGGUAUACAUGUAAUUAAUCGAGCUAUAUUUUGGGGUGGUACUUAUGCUUUAACUCAUGAUUAUAGUAAUCGUGGUCUUCAUUAUAUUACAUUAGAAGAUACAUUGGCAGCAGCUAUGGCUGAUGGUUUAUCAUGGUGUGGAAAAGAAAAUGAUACUGAAGGUUUUGAUUAUGUCAGUUGUCCAAGAAAUUGUCAAGAUAAUAUUUGGGCAGAUGAUGCUUUCUGGGGACUUGCAUCGAAAACAUUUGCUCAAAAAGUCACCGGUGAAAUAUACUAUAUAUUAAAUGGAAGUCGAACUGAUUGUCAACCAUCAUAUCGUAAUAAUUCAUAUUUUGCAAAAUAUGAAUUACCUAAUCUUCGAACAACUGGCCCAAAUCGAGUUACGAAAAUGAAUGUUUUACUUUUACAUUCACCUGAUCAAAAAGUUAUUGAAAGAUGUGGUGAAAAAAGUUUAAUUAUUUUAGAAAAGAUUGUUCGAAAUUAUAGUAUUGAAUAUGAAUGUAAAGAUGAUCCAGAACAAUUAAUUUUAAUGAUGUGUAGUGAUCAAUGGGAAGCACGAGAAUGUUUUAUGGCACGACAAAUUUUAAGACAACAAUGGAAUUUAAAAGUAUUUGGAAAAUCAAAUGCUAUUUCUCAUUCUAUAUCAUUUGUAUUUUUAUUUUUUAUUAUAAUAAAUUAUUUUCUUUAG